CAAAAGCCCAAAGCUAACCUGUGUAAAACAUUUUUGAGCAAGCAACGAAUAUGCUCCCUCACUCCCCCACCCCCCUUCAUCAUCCCCCACCUCAUGAAAUCCACUUCAAUCAAUCAACUUAAUUUUUGCACCACUCCUCCAAUCAAUCUAAACAAAUUACUCUCUCAUGGCUCCACCUUCCCCAACAGCACCAUUCACGCCACCAACUCUCCUCCUCCUCCUCUUCUCCUCAUUCCCCCUAACCCCCUCGUCCCCAACCUGCAGAUCCUACUGCGGAAACAUAACCAUCGACUACCCCUUCAGCAUCCAACCCGGGUGCGGCCAUCCCAUCUUCCACCAACUCCUCUUCUGCAUCAACAACCUCCUCCUCCUCCACAUCCCCUCCGGCUCCUACCGCGUCCUCUCCAUCGACUACCCCUUCCGCCGCCUCACCCUCAACGACCCCACCAUGUCCCACUGCUACUCCCUCUCCCCCAAUCCCUCCCCUCCCCGCGGCUUCAUACCCAACCCAUGGCGCUCCCAAUUCCUCCUCCCCGCACCCGACAACGUCUUCUUCCUCCUCGGCUGCCGUGAUUGCUCCCCUCUCGCCUUCCCCCUCUGCCGAAAUGUAUCCGGGAUGGGGUGCGAGGACUACUAUCGUUGUCCUGCGUGGGAGGCGGAGGGGAGGUCAUGGCCGGCGUACGGAGCGGAAGAGUGCUGCUCGGUGGCGGCGGGGGAUAUAAAGGAGGUGAAUUUGACGAGGCUGAGGUGUGCGGCGUAUAGUAGCGCUUAUAAUGUUGCGCCGGUGAGGGCGAGAGGGCCGGGGGAUUGGCUGUAUGGGAUUCGCGUGGCUUAUUCGGUGCCUGGCGAAGAUGAGGAGGGCUGCCGCGCGUGUCAGCUUUCGGGGGGAUCGUGUGGAUACGACGCGGAGGAGGUGGGGGAUGAUGAGGGUUUGGGUGGGGUGAUGCCGAGGAGGCUCUGUUUUUGCGGUGGUGGGUCUUAUGCAUGGAAUUCUUCGUCUACUUGUGAAUCUACAGGGAUUUCUGAAGGCUUCAUCAUCAAGCGGGCUUCCAUUCAUAUGGGUGUUCUUGGAGGUUGGUUGGUGUAUGGAUCUGGCCUUUUUGCGAUUUAAGUUGGUGUAGUUUUUUAUGGGAAGACGCUUUCUUAAUUUCUAUGACAUGAGUCGGCUUUUAUGUGCUAUUUCUGCGGUAUCAGACAAGCAAGCAAGCAAGCAAGCUAGUAACUGAGAAACAAUACUUCCCCAUAAAUUUUUUUUAUAUGUUUUUUCCUCAGGUUCUCUAUUGUAA